GCUGCUGACGGAAGGGCACUGAGGACAUGGCACAGACAUUAACUCAGAGGGGAAGAAUGCCCCUUCAAGUUCCUACCCACUCGGCUCUGACGAACUCCCAAACAACAUGACUGGCAAAGAGAAGGGAGAGCCCCCCCACACCACAGCUCACAACCUUCUUCAGUCAGGAGAAGACUUCUUCGAUUCUGUGACUGAGAAGAUGACUCCAUUGCCUCACAGAGAUGUUCUACAAGAGCCAGCUUCUGCCCCUGAAGCCCAGACAAAACAAACUUUCCCUUCCAAGAAGAAGCCACCUUCUCUAAAGCCAGUAAACAUCGCAAGGAAGCAUCUGAGACCCCAAACUACCCCAGCAAUGCUUCAGAGAGCUGCCUCUCAGCCAAACCUGUCACACCCCAGGUCCUUCACCUCUGCUGAAGAGCCUCAUGCGCUGGGGAAUGGGAUUACUAUGGCUACUGAAGCCAAGCAAGCAACCCCAGAGCUGCCACUGUGGGGUGACAGGAGAGGAAGCAGUGGCACAACCAGCCAGUCUCCACUGCAGAUUUCUCCUUUUAUGUUACGACCUUUAAUCCGCCAGCCCACCUCCCAAAGCCCAGAGACAGUAAAGCAGUCGGUGCCUGAUGCGGCUGCUGUAGAAGGCGAUACAAUCGGCCCCAGUGCUAACAAGACAAGCAGUGCAGAGAACGAGAUGAAUGGAUCUGCUUCCGAAGAAAGUCAAGAAACAACCACUUCCACCAUCAUCACGACCACAGUCAUCACCACCGAGCACACGCCAGUUAUCUGCAGCGUGAGCUUCUACGACCCAGAAGGCUACAUUGACUCGACCGACUAUCCCCCGCUUCCUGUGCCCAACUUCCUGGAGUGCACCUAUAACGUGACAGUCUACACGGGCUAUGGAGUUGAGCUCCAGGUGAAGAGUGUGAACCUGUCAGAGGGUGAGGUGCUCGCCAUUCGUGGAGUGGAUGAUGACAACUUGGUGAUCUUAGCCAAUCAGACACUUUUGGUGGAGGGUCAGGUGAUUCGCAGCCCAACCAACACUAUUUCCGUUUACUUCCGGACAUUCCAAGACGAUGUGGUUGGGACUUUUCAGCUUCAUUAUCAGGUGUUCAUGCUGAGCUGCAGCUUUCCACGGAGGCCUGACUUUGGAGAUGUCACCGUAAUGGAUCUGCAUUCUGGUGGAGUCGCCCAUUUCCAUUGUUACCUGGGAUAUGAACUCCAAGGCCCCAAACUGCUCACAUGCAUCAAUGCAUCUAGGCCUCACUGGAGCAGCCCAGAACCCGUCUGUUCAGCACCCUGCGGCGGCACGGUGCAUAAUGCCACGAUUGGACGAGUUCUCUCGCCGAGCUACCCCGGGAACCACAGCAACAUGCACUGCGUGUGGACCAUCGACGCUCCCCAGGGCCAGAAGCUGCACCUGCACUUUGAGAGGCUUCUGCUGAGUGAAAAGGACAGAAUGGUGGUGUACAGCGGAGAGACGAACCACUCAGCCAUCCUCUACGAUUCCCUGCGGACAGAGAGCGUCCCCUUUGAAGGCGUGAUCAGCGACGGCUCCGCCAUCCGCAUUGACUUCCUGGCGGAUGAGGCGAGGGCCACCACAGCUUUCAACAUUCGAUUUGAAGCUUUCGAGCGAGGCCAUUGCUAUGAACCCUACAUUCAGAAUGGGAAUUUUACCACCUCCGAUCCUACCUACAACCUGGGAACGACGGUGGAGUUCACCUGUGACCCUGGCCAUUCCCUGGAGCAGGGACCUGCCAUAAUCGAGUGUAUCAACGUCAGGGACCCCUACUGGAAUGACACCGAGCCACUGUGCAGAGCAAUGUGUGGAGGGGAGCUCUCUGCCAUGGCAGGAGUCAUCCUGUCCCCCAACUGGCCAGAGCCCUACGCUGAGGGAGAGGACUGCAUCUGGAGGAUACAUGUUGGGGAGGAAAAGCGGCUUUUCCUGGACAUCCAGCUGCAUGGCCUGGAUCAUUACUGGCCCAGAACACCCAUGGAGGUCUCAAGGAACGACUCGUGUUCAGACCUGCCUGAAAUUCAGAACGGGUGGAAGACCACAUCACACACAGCGCUAGUGAGAGGGGCCAAGAUCACCUACCAGUGUGAUCCAGGAUAUGACAUCGUAGGAAGUGACACGCUCACCUGCCAAUGGGACCUCACCUGGAGCAGCGACCCUCCGUUUUGUGAAAAAAUUAUGUACUGCACAGACCCUGGGGAAGUGGACCACUCGACCCGUUUAAUUUCUGAUCCAGUGCUGCUGGUUGGAACCACCAUUCAAUACACGUGUAACCCAGGCUUCGUACUGGAAGGAAGUUCCCUUCUUACGUGUUACAGCCGCGAAACAGGAACUCCAAUCUGGACAUCAAGGCUACCCCACUGUGUCUCUGAAGAGUCCCUUGCCUGUGAUAAUCCAGGAUUACCUGAAAAUGGCUACCAAAUACUCUACAAACGCCUUUACUUGCCAGGCGAAUCCCUGACGUUCAUGUGUUAUGAAGGCUUUGAGCUAAUGGGCGAGGUUACUAUCAAAUGCAUUCUGGGCCAGCCGUCCCACUGGAGCGGACCCCUGCCCAUCUGCAAAGUGAAUCAAGACAGUUUUGAACACGCUUUAGAAGUAGCAGAAGCUGCCGCAGAGACGUCGCUCGAAGGGGGAAACAUGGCGCUAGCCAUAUUCAUCCCAGUGCUGAUCAUCUCACUACUGCUGGGGGGCGCAUACAUCUAUAUCACAAGAUGUCGGUACUACUCCAACUUGCGCUUGCCCCUCAUGUACUCCCACCCAUACAGCCAGAUCACCGUAGAGACGGAGUUUGACAACCCAAUUUACGAGACAGGGGAAACAAGAGAAUAUGAAGUUUCAAUAUAAAGACUAUGAUACGAGAGUCUCCAAAUGUGAACUUAAUUCACUCCAAUAGAACUUCCUCCGUAACUAAUCCAGAGACCAUGUGGAGUUUAAUUGGAAUCCUGGACCUACUCUUGUCUGUCCUUUUGCCUCUUUAUUGAUGAUUUCACUGUUUUCUUCGCUGUAUUUAUUCUAUUUAACUUGAGAUAGAUGUGUUCAGAGUGUUCCCGGCAGGCUGUACUCCGCUCCCUGGGUGUACCCGAGCUCUGAGGACCAGUGCAGAGCUACCAGUCCACACAUGAAGGUGGGGAGGUGCAGGGAUCAGCUGGCCCCAUCCCGCAGCAGCGACAGUCUCCAACUCUGCACUGGCCACACGCAAAGAGAUUUUACGUUUUUCGUGGUGUUAAAAUUAAAAUGUCUCCAUGCAAGAUCCUGCAGUUAACUGCCAAGAGCUGGGUUAGACACAGAGCUUGAUUCCUUGGUAUGAUACAUAGUCUUUCUGAGCACUGUCCUAAGCCUAACCACUGCCCACACAUUUCCGGUUCUCCUAGAGUUUGAUCAGGCAUCUGGUGCUACGCUCUCUGAUUCAAAGAGCAGUGAGUAGAGGGAGCAGCCUCUCUCCUGGGGCCCACCUCAGGCAAGUUACCAGGCAGGUACAGCGCGAUGCCCUCGGGUGUCUGGGGAGAAAGGGGAAGCAGAGACCAAACUAGCAAGUUACAUGCUACUUGCUUGGCCCAGCUUGUUUUUAAUCCUGGAGAGGCACAUACAAGAACAUGUGAGCUGCUGCAGAGAAGCCUUAACGUAUGCAACCAGCGAUUGCUGAGCCUAUCAGCCCCGGUCUGAGAGACCUUGGCAGACGUGGGUAAAAUCUUCUCGGGCUGUGUUUCUGCUACACUGGGAACAAACAGGCUUGCUUGUCUUCUGCUCACACCUGUUAUUUGUCUUUAAUAACAUUGACUGUGGCCAUUGCAAGGAAUCUGCAGUCUCUCUCAAAGUCUGAGUUCACCUUUUGCCCACUUUAUUGUAAGUAUCUCAGGGUAAUAACGAUGGAAUACAGGAUCCUAUCACACGCUCUGGUUAAUUUUGGAGCAUUCGCCCUUCAAGGUUACGGUGCCCUCAUGCAACUGGAAGAGUCCACUGUUCUUCUGGAAUAGCUGCUCUGGGAAGGGCAGGUGGGCUGGUUAGUUAGCCACAACUCUGCAUGAGACGAGCCAGAGUCAGUCCUUCUUCCCAUCUUCCCGGAGCAUGCAAAACCAGCAGAGGGCAUUUGAUCAGAUCUCAGCAGCAUGGGAAGACUUUGUGGCAGCAACCAAACCACCACGUUCCUGUCAUUCCAAACCCAUUCCAGGGCGCUGCCACUACUCUGUGGCAGAAAACAGUGUCCAGUAAGCAUUGUCCAUUAAGAGCUGCACUGUCCAGCUUUGAGCUAACAGGAAAUCAACUAGAUUUGCACUCCGCUUGUGAGUCAGGCAUUGGGCAAACCCCACCUGGAGAAGAGAGACUAGACUAGUGGGAUGAUUGUAGGGAAGAAAGUCAGGUAGCAAACCUCCCCUGACUUCAGCACAGGAGCCCAAUCACUGGAGGAACAUAGCAGGCAAAAUAGAGCCUUUAGUAGCCACUUCCAUCUUGAUCUAACCCUGUGACAACUGGAAUUCAAGCACCACAUUCAUAGUCUUUGGUUCUGGAGAAUAAUAUGUUCACAUUUAACAAAACAAAUGCUCACAUGUUUUCUUUUCAUGGAAACAUAAAGAUUCACAAAAGGUUCCAGUGACUUAGUUACCAAUAUUUCUCUUCACAAAACUGGCGGUCACACAGGCCCAGUCCUGCUAUCGCUGGAGGGACAGCGACAUUGUUGAUGUUUCUUUGGCUGCUGGUGUCUUUAUUCUGUCUGUGUGGAAUGGCAGUUAUAACCAUGACAAUGUUUUCAAGGCCGUUUUAGUUUAGAGAAGGUUAGUGCAUCUCUGCAGUUGUGUGACUGAGACAUUCGAUUUUUUUUCCUUUGAAAAAAACAAAACUGAAUGUGUAUUUGUAAUUUGUAAAGGUUAAAAAAAAAGAAAAACAAAAAACAAAAAAAGGUGCCAGAAACGUACCAGGUAUUUCAUUUCUGUUCAGAUAUGUCUGUUUUUAUAAGAACAAUGUGAAAAUUGUUGGGAUUAAAUAUUUUUGAACAUGAUACAGUACUUCCACGGGAAGCUCUAGAAUUUAGUGUAACCUUAAUACAAAUUGUACUAUAUUUUUUAAUGGUUGAAAAUAAGUUUAACAAAAAUUUGAGCCACAGAAUAUGCCUGUGCUUCAGCCUGUAUUCCAUGCUGCAUACACUUCAACGCUAUCUGCCAUGUGAUCCGCAGGUCUCCAUGGUUACACACCAGACCCUUCCAUUGUCACAUUCGUGAAUGAGUCUGAUCUGAAAUGAGUGAAUGGUGCAGAAGAGUCCCCCUGGACCCAAACCGUGAAGAUUGAUGUCUUGGGUCCAUCUCACAGUAUUUCAACUGUGGAGUCUUUCUCCAGAAAAUGGGCACAGGUUAUCCCCUGCAGCAUAUGAGCCUGGUGGCUUCCAGGGGCGCCUCAGGGCUAGAUUCUAGUCCCUCAGAAGUCACUGGGAUGAGAUUUGGCUCUCUGUGUUCUCCAAAGCCUACCCAGCCCAAAUGAGUCUUCAGUUUCCUUUAGAUUUGGUUUUACAAACUAUCGAGAUGCAAAUCUCUUCAUUUCCCCCUGGGAAGAAAUACAGGAGCAACUGCUCCUUUGCUUGUCACUCUCAAGAGUGUAUUACCACACUAUCAGGGCAAGAUGCCGCCCUCUUUAGAAGAAGCCUGCCGUGCUACAUAAAUUCAGCGCAUCAGGGCAGGCGGACGAAUGGCAGGUAACCAGGAACGGAAGUGAUCCCUUAUUUAGUUACUAUUUCCUUUCUGUACAUAUAUAAAUAUGAUAGGAUGGAGAGGUGGAAGGCCCCAGGGCCGCUCACUUUAAAAUGCCUUCCCUUGCCUCCUGCUGUGUUACUUUAGUGCAUUAUUUAGCAUGUUAAACCAAGCCUUCUGAGCAAGGGAAGCAAAGGGACCCUACCAGAUGCAUCUGUUUUCUGGGGCACAGAGCCUCUGCAUUGGUGGUCUGGGCUCAUCUGGAGGCAGUUUCCACUGGCUGAAGACUGGGAGAAAUUUCAACCCUGCAGUAAACAGGCCCCACUCCCAGGGAAGAGAAGGGGAGACACAUCUGCUUCCUGGGCUGGUUUGGCAGUGGAUCUUUUACUGCUGGUGCCGUUAGCUAAGAGGCGUUUGCACUUUGUCCCGGGGCAGAAUGAAAGCAAGUGGGAAAUGAGACAAAUGCCCUUGCCUUAUUCACGGAUGAAAACAACAGACCUUCCCCGGUCGCCUUGCUGUUGAACAUCACAACGUCCUGCCCCAUGGGGCAGGGAAACACCCCUCGACCGUAGAGACUGGCUCCCUCUGGGAGUCAGUGUGGCCCAAACCAUCCAACCCCGUGGGAUCAGAGAUUUGCGCUAGCCCUGGCAGAGUCUAGGACUUUCUCCUCAGUUGAGCUGGGACUCUGGUUUGGGUGCAGAGCUCAGAACAUCUGCUGAUGGAGCGCAUACUCCAUGAGGUCUGUGUUUCCGCUGUCAGCAGUCAGAAGGGUCAGUGGAGAUAAAGGAGAUCGACUGUCCGGAGGAGUAAACGUGUGGCAAGCAGUACGUUCAACACUACUGUUCUCCUAAGGGCAGAAUGACGUAGGACACUCUGCCCACCUGAGCCAAAGUCUGUCCAAGUCAAUGGAAAGACUCCCACCAACUUCACAGAGUUUUGGAUCAGGCCCUUAAAGCAUAAUGUUGACUAGGGAGGGAUAGCAAAGUGUCUAAGGCAAAUUCCACCAGUCUAGAUUUUUUUGCUGUAUUUAUGUUGGUCUCCAUUUCAUAUGUUCACAGUUUCAAAAACAAAGCCCAAGGUGGAACUGGAUGGAAAAAUGAAAACAUUUUCUUAUAUAGUUAUUUUUGGUUGAUCUGGGGGCUUUAAAGGGAGAAGAGGUGCAUAUGCAGAACAGGGCAGUUCCAAUGCACAGCUCACAACAUUCCCUGUACGCCAGCAGAGACAGGCCGAACCCGAACGGUGCCACAGGUUUGCGUAGCGUUGUCUGUACUCGUGUACAGCUUUACAAGUGGUUUGCAUGCAGUACAGCUGCAUCACGGCUGCUCACCUGUCUACGAUGCCUCUUGGUAUUUUUUCAUCCCAGGCGUCAGAAUAUCCUACUUUUGUUCACAGGAACAAUAAUGGAUUUGUAGGGCGACAUAAUGUAUAUUUUUCAUGCAAUUUUCUUGAAGGUAAACUACAAUUUCUUAAAUCUUAUUCUUAAAUCUGAAUAUGGGUGAACUUACUGUGUUAAGAGAAGCAUUCCGGCAGUCAUAACUCUCCCUCCAUAUUAAUGUACAAACAUACUUCAGCUCUGUCUGUGGU